CUUCCAUAAAACCCUCUCCUCCCUCUCAAACCCAACAUCCCUUCUCUUUCAUAUUCUUCUACUUCCUCUCAUUCACUUCCUUCACCAAACACCUAGUCUAAGAAAGUGAUGAACAUGAGGAAACAGCUUCACCUCCAACAUUCCUCAUCAGUUCUACUGAUCAUGAUCACCCUCCUCUUCACCACAACCUUAGCUCUGUCACCUACAAUUGCUCCAGCCCCUUCUGGCCCAACCCCUCCUAGCCCAGCCCCUCCUAGCCUAGCCCCUUCUAGCCCUGCCCCUAAGCCACAUAAAAAAAGUCCAGCCCAUACCAAUAUCACAGCAAUCCUAGAGAAGGCUGGGAAGUUCAACAUCUUUAUCAGGCUAUUGAAGAGCACAGGACUUGGAGAGCAGAUCAACUCACAACUCAAAAAAUCAAACCAAGGCCUCACCCUCUUUGCUCCACCAGACACUGCCUUCUCCUAUCUCCCACAGGGGACCCUUAACUCCUUCAGUGGUCAGCAGCUUAUAGAGUUGGUGCAGUUUCAUGAGCUCCCUAAUUAUGUUCCAAUAAUACAGUUCCAGACUAUGAGCAACCCUAUUGUUACACAGGCAGGAAACAGCUAUGAUGGCCAGUUUCCGUUAAAUGUUUCAACUUCUGGACAAAAUGUGAGUAUUGAUACUGGAGUUGUUAAAGCCAAUGUGGAUACCACAAUCUACUCAGAUGGGCAGUUUGCUGUGUAUGAAGUAGAUAAAGUUCUUCUCCCCUUGGAAUUUCAUGUUUCGCAGGCUCCGGUGACAGCUAUGGCACCAUCUAAGCCAAAGAUGAUGUCCUUUCCAUCAUCUGAUGCUCCUUCAAUUUCUUCUGUGGUUUCAUCUAUUGCUGUGAGGAUCAUAAGGUACAUUGGGGUUUCCUUUGCAGUUGCAGUCAUUGCUUUAUAAUGCCAAUGCCCCGGUAUAUAUGAUCUCCAUUGAAUAAGAUUUUAUGAUCAUAUACUGUGAUCAUAGAUGAAAUGAGUGGGUUUUGAAUAAUUUGGGGGAUCUCUCUUUGUUCCUGAAUCCUUUCGCAGUUUCAUUUGAAUGUUUUUGCAGUCAUGAGAAGGGUCUGUUGACAUCAAUUAUUGUUGGGGUGAUCCUUUUUAAUGUGAAAUUUAUUUUAUUCUUUC